AUGUUCAAACAUUUAAUCCUAUUAUAUUUUUUAUAUUUUUUAAUAAAAAUAAAUACACAACCUUCCCCGGAAACAACUGAUUUAAAAUUAGUAAUUGAAGUUUUCAGACAUGGAGCCAGAUACUCUAUAUUUUAAGAUACAUUUGGUCCAAAAAUAAACACCUAAUUAACCGGUGAAUUAACUCCAGUAGGAAUGAGAUAACAGUUUAUGCUUGGGAAAGCCUUAAAUGCUGAAUAUAUAUAAAAAUAAAAUUUUUUGAAUUCUUCUUAUGAUUAUAAUUAGAUGUUUAUAUAAUCAACAGAUUUUAAUAGAACUAUUAUGUCAGCAUAUAGUUAAUUAGCAGGACUUUAUAGUUUAAAUACUGGACCAAAAAUCUUUAGUAAUUUAAGCUAAUCAAGAUUUGAACUAGAACCUGCUUUUAAUGAACGAGUUUAAUAAAUAAAUGGCGAUUAUUCGCUUUUUGGUGGAUAAUAACCAUUUGCAAUACAUAUGAAUGCGCAAGAAGACGAUUAAAUAUUAUUUAGUCAUGGUAAUGCCUGCCCAUAAGCUUAAAAUUGGUAAAAUGAAUACUAAAAUAAUACAGAUUGGAAAAAAGUAAGAGAAUAAUUUAGACCUUCUUUAACAUAAUUUAGUGAUUACCUAAAAACUUAAAAUAAAAAUAUAUAAUAUGAUUAAUUCGGAACUGAUACCUAUAAUCAUUUUUUCGAUACUUUAAUUUCUUUAAAAUACUAAGGAUUUAAUAAUAUUAUUGAACCAUUAAAAGAUAUAUAUAAUGAUUUAUAAUUUUUAUAUAAUAUUAAUAUAUAAAUCACUUAUUUUUAUAAAGAAGCAUAAAGACGACUAACUUCCACUAAAUUUCUGUAGAAAAUAAAGGAGUAUAUGAACGGGAAAAUAUAAGGGCAAUAAAGUUAUAAAUGGUAUAUGAUUUCGGCUCAUGAUUUAAAUAUUCUUACUCUAUUAAAUACUUUCAAAUAAACUAGUUGGGAAUGUUUAUAAAAAACAAAGGAAAAUACAUUAAAAGAAGAUGUAAUAUGUAUAACUUAAUAUCCUGAAUAUGCAGCUUCUUAUAUUUUCGAGUUAAGGGUUGAUAAAAAUGAUAAUAAGAAAUUUUAUGUAAUGACUAAAUAUAAUGGACAGUAUAUUGAUAUAAUUAAAAAAAAUCAAAAAAUUAUACCUUUUGAAGAUUUCGCUUAAUAUAUUGAUUAAUAUUCGGUGAAUGAUUUUGAAAAAUAAUGUAAAAUUAAAGCUAGAAGUUCAAAUGAUUAAAGUUAUGUACCGGUAUGGUCAAUUAGUCUAAUGGUAAUAUUUUCUAUUUUGUUUUUGGGAACAUUAGGGUAUACGAUAUAUUUUAGAAUAAAAAAUAAAGAUGCUUUAGUAAAAGUAAAUUAAGACUAUGAAAGUAUUUAAAAAUAGAUGAUUAAUAAUUGA